AUGGACAAACAUGUCACCCAGGACGAACUCGACGCCCGAGCCCGAAUCCAGGACGCCUUGAAAAAGGCCAACGAUCCGAGCAACCCAAUCACGGAUCUGACAGAUUUCCUCUUGCUUGCGAAGAGAAACCAUCUUGCCCCGGCGGUCUACGAAAAGUACGAGAGAACCAUCAUCGACAUGUGGUACCAACAACGGAAUGCACGCCCACCGAGCCCCGCGGCAUCAACGGCCCGUGACAGCCUCGAUUCUAAAGUCAGCGACGCCCCAGGGGACAGCCCCAAAGACCUGCCUUCACUAGAUCCAGAGGCCCAAAUUCGCAAUGCAUGGAUUGUACAUCCGAUCAGCGCCGAGUUCAAGUACGCCAAAUACAAGCAAUGGGACCGUCCCGGUAACUACAUCCGAGCCGACACGCUGAAAAACAAUGACUUGAGAGGCGGAGAGGAGGAAUUUGUCGUCCAUCAAUGGGACCUGGACGGCCCGAGUGGGACUAGCAACAAUUCCGAUGACAAUGCUGCCGCGCACACCGCCUUUCGUGUCGUCAGUAAAUACGAGGCAGAUAGGAUCAAGAUGGAUGUCGAUAUAGUGUUUGGAACGGAUUGGAGAGACAAUCUAGAAGACCAAGCAUUUGGUGUUCAUGUGGUACGCAGGGCUUCUCGAAGGCUCUCCGACAUCACGGAACAAGGGCUUCCGACCUCAACGUUGCUGGCAGGCUCGUCUUUAUCGCAACAACAGCCCAGCAUCGCUCGUUUGGAAGCUCCCCCUCAACAUGUCAUCAACAUCAAUGGGCCAAUCAUUCUAGCCGGGCCCGCAACCGGGCCCGCAGACUUGGCAGCAAUCUUGAACGUGUUGUCGGGAACGGGAUAUCAUCCGGCGACGCAUCGUGCUGCCACCGGGUUGCCCGGAAAUGCCGCUCUUGGCCCUGGCGUGACUGAAAUGGAUGUGCCUAAGAUCCCAGAGGGAUCUCGAAAUAAACGUAAGAUGGCUGACGACCAUGAGCCACGGUCCAGGGACAGGACAGAGAGGCUACAAGGUUGA